UAGUGCAGAUUCAAUUUGUUCAAAUCAUGGCCCCUGGGGGUAGGAUGGGGUCACAAGGGGGGAUCAAAGUUUUACAUGCAAAUAUAUAGGAAAAAUCUUCAAAUAUCUUCUUCUCCUGAACCAUUGGGCCAAAGAAGUUCACAUCUACAUGAAAGCUUUCUGACAUAGUGUAGAUUCAAGUUUGCAAAAACUAUGGCCUCCAGGGGUAGGUUGGGGCCAUAAUAAGGACUACGGUUUUACAUGCAAAUAUAUAUAGAAAGUCUUCUGAUAUGGACCAAGGUGACUCAGGUGAGCGAUGUGGCCCAUGGGCCUCUUGUUCUACAUCCUAUUCCUCUCCAGAAUACGCAAGAUCGCGACUACUUUUUCCGUCUUGGUUUUAAAUUUUAAUUUCCCCUUUCAAAGUCUCGCUAGACCCAGAGUAUGCGAGAAUUUGGGCAUGUUGGUAAAUAAUACCAGUUGUGCAACUUUUGUCGUGAUCGAUUCACCCGAUUUUAACAAUGGUGUACUAUCACAUUGCAUUGCAUUAGACUAGUAAUGAUUCAAGAAAGAAACAUAAUACGCAGAAAUAUCCACAACUGAUAGAUUUUAAUGGAAAUGUGGUGGGUUUUUCCCCACUGCUGUCAGCCAGGAAAUUCCCAAAGCUGAGAAGAGCUUGCGUCAAAAUAUAUAGCUUCGCGAGCUCAAUUCAGAAGUUCAUUUUUCCUGUAUCCAGACGUUUUUACACACCUUUCAUUUAAAAAUGUUUUUAAUUGUGGAAAACACAUGGAGGUUAAAUCGUCUUCCGAUGCCAUGUUUUGAAUAAACAAAAAAUGCCCAAGAUCGACAUGCUUUUCCGGACUUCUUUACAAGAGAGUUCCACUAACUCGGUAUUUACGAUCUUGCGUAUUACUGGACCAUUUCCAACCCCCUUCCAAGGCUUUGGUACAAAGCAGUCUUGGGUAAAGAUUUAGACGUAUAGUUCAGACGGUCUUUUGAUUGUGUUCAGUGGGAUCUAGAACUUAUCUACAAGUGGACUAAGUGUAAGACAGAAUGACACCAAGAAGGUUUGGAAUCGCUCGAUACGUCGACACAAUUUUUGCAUGUCUUGUAAUAGCUGCAUGUGUGUUUACCGUUAUUACGACAAUGACAUCGUCCAGCAGGCGUCAAACGUCAAAUAGGAAAAGAAAUGCGGAUGCAUUAAGGCAAGAACGAGAAUCGUUUUUACUGUCUUUCUUUCGGAGAAGUAAAGUUGCUAAUCCAGAAAAUGUGAUAACGAAACCAGCAGAAGUUGAUUCUUAUCCUGACCACACAAAAGAAUGGUUUUCCAGGAAUCCCGUCACAAAAUUCAUUCCAAAAGGACCCCACCCUAACCUCACUAAACCAAUCAUUGCCAAUCCUCAUAUAUGUAACUCAACGGAAGUAGAUAUAUUAAUUUAUUUUCAUAGUUUGUGGAGUCAUUUUGAGCAUCGCAGAAUUCUUCGCGAGUCUUGGGCCAAUAAGAAUGUAUUCGCGGACAUAAAAGUGCGAACUAUAUUCAUUCUCGGAAAACCGCCGAAAAAAGAGGACCAGUUAAAGAUAAACAACGAAAAUGUCAACACUGGAGACAUCGUGCAGGGUAAUUUUGAAGAUACUCACAAAAAUCUCUCUCUUAAAAGUAUCCAGGUGAUGCAAUGGAUAAACGACAACUGCCUUCAAGCUAAAUAUAUAGUCAAAGCUGAUGAUGAUAUGUUUGUGAACAUUUUCGCUCUAACAGAAUUUCUGGUGUCGCAGAUUUAUAAUAAAAAGAAAGUUAUAAUGUGUUCACUCAAAGAAAACCAGACCAGUAUUAUCGUGAGAGACCCGAAAAACAAAUGGUAUGUUCCAGAUUAUAUCUUCAAGGGUCAGCAACAUUAUCCAACAUUCUGUAGCGGAUAUACUGUUCUCUUUUCUUCGGAUCUCGUGCCCGAAUUAUAUAAAUACUCGUUUACGUCACCAUACUUUUCAGUGGAUGAUGCUUAUCUAUUUGGGAUGUUGCUAGGACAUAUUAAAGAUGUUCAUUAUGAGGAUAUAUCGAAUGCCCUUAGUUUGAAUCUACAAACGGGACUUGAAGAAUACAAAGGAAGUGGACCACUUAUGCAUGUCGGUGUUCUUGCUUGGGAUAACGGAGGGAUAGAAAAGUUGUGGCAGGCAACCCUGUCUAAGAUGACGCAAUGGACGAAGAAACAUGCGAACAUUGCUAUGGUACAGGAGGCGAUGAGAAAUGCGAUGGAAGAACAUUUGCAUUAAAAUUGAUUGAAAUAAGCAAUAAAAUCAUUAUCACAUAGGUAGAACAUCUUAAACCUGAUGGCUUCGUUCCGCUGGCGUCUGACUUUGCUCGUCUGUGGAAUCAUAGUACUGAUGAUCGUACUGAACCAUACCAUCAGUACUGGUGUAUCGAAGACGUUUGACACCAUGGCAAAGUAUGAAAAACAGAUAGUGUUUGACGAUCAUUCCAAACACAGCAAUGUAGUCCCGGAAGUGACGAAAAAUUAUUAUACUUCCACAACUCGAACAGUAAACACGUCCAAGACUGUAAAAAAGACUAGCUACCCACUCACAUUGAUGUCUCCAUACCUCAUCAAUAACCCAUCAAUAUGUAAAACGCCCAACAAGUUAGACUUUGUUGUAAUUGUUCACACGUCAACUGAUCAUUUCAACCGACGCAGUAUCAUACGCCGGACUUGGGGCAAUCUCAACAUUCUACGCAAUAGAGGUUUUCGAAUAGUGUUCUUCUUUGGUCUUUCAAACAGCCAAAAAACACAAACUAUGCUUGAAAAUGAAAGUACUGUGUAUGGUGAUAUUGUACAAGGUAUUUUCUUAGAUUCCUACCACAAUCUUACUCACAAAGGUGUCCUAACCUAUCGUUGGUUAUGUGAUUUUUGUUCCAACGUUGAUAUGGUAGUUAAAGUUGACGAUGAUAUGUUUGUGAAUAUUUUCUACCUAAUGGAAUACUAUCUCCCAAAAUUCCGAAAUACAACGCGGCACGUAAUGUGUCAGACAAGACCAAAAGGAACCAGCCCAAUAAUGCGUGAGAAAAGUAAAUGGCAAGUUAGUGAGAACCAGUUUAAGAGUAUGACGCAUUACCCAGUGACGUAUUGUAAUGGGUAUUUUGUGCUGAUAUCCAUAGAUAUCAUUCGACAACUUUACAAAGCUUCGUUUAUUACACCAUUUUUCUGGGUGGAUGACGUAUACCUAUAUGGAUUACUGCCGGAUAAAAUUGGUAAUGUGAAAUUUACAUCAAUUGCAGCAAAUUUGACUCUGCAACAGGAGACAGGGAUGCAAUGUUACACCGGAAAUACAACAUGCAAGUACUUAGCCUCUUACGCAGAAAAAAAUGGCUAUAUGGAAUCCAUGUGGUACGCUUCUUUAAAAAUGUAUGCGACAGUGGCUCAGAAAUUCAUAGUGAAGGAACUUCUUAUAGAGUGAGAGAUAAACAGGGAGGUUUAUUGUAUGCUUCAUAUCUUAUCAAAAAUGGUACAAUAAAAGGGUUUUAUGUUCAUUUAUAGCUCACGGCGUUCCAUGUAUUGUUCCAAAUAUUAGCUAUAAUUUUUCAACAUUUUCUAUAAUUUAUUACAAUACAUUUAGAGGUAGUAAACACUUCCUUGAAAAGGAACUCGAUUGAUUAUUGGCAAUGUAGAAAUUGUUUUUAUAAAUAAUAUCCCCAACUAAGGAAAUGCAAUGCAUGAAAAUAUUGACUUCAUUGUCUAUCAAGGAAUUUUAAAGUCUCAGUGUGUUGACAUUUAUUUUUAGAAAUCUGUUUCAAAGGCUCAGCAUUAGAUGCAUUUUCAAUUGGUUCAUUUUUACAUUUAUAUUUCAGAUGUUAAGCUGAUAUUACUUGUAAUUUGAUGAUAGUUUUCAUUUAAUUAGGAACCGUCAUAGUGAACUGAAGAAACAACUUGCACAAAAUACAUAGAAAAAGAAUGAUGUUCAAUGCUGUAAUUUUGAUAUUAAAAAGUCCCCAGCUUUCGUUGUAGCCCAAUAUUUGGCAUUUAAUAGUCCUACAUAUUUUCUAGUCCAUGUAAUUAGUACUUAGUGGUUUACUCUGAACAGAAUGGGGAUUUCGAUGUCGAGGGUACAUGUAACUGAAAUCGACUAGGGGGACAUACCGAACUUGACCAGUGAGGACAAUAUUUCCUCUUUCCAGAUUCUGUUGCAAUAGGUGUUCUAUUUCACACACCCUAAAAUUGAAAAGAACCCAUUUUCCUAUUGUCGGGAAUGCAGAAACUCCACCGACUAUACGAGGAGUUGUAAGAAUUUCAAAUAACAUUCACUAACCGAGACUCAGGUUACGCACUGAAAAACCUUUGGUUGAGAAUUUGCCCGAAAUGGACAUUUAAAUUUCGAAGACUUAUUUAUCUUUCGAUUUUCAGAUAUCUGCAAAUUUAGUGGAAUAAUACCCCCAAUUGUAUCUUGAAAUGAAAGGGGGAAAAUGGAAUUUUAUGUAUUGUUCGAAUGUGAUUAAUUCUGUUGUGUUUCAAAUGUAAAAUAAACAUCGGAUGUGUG